AUGAACGUGACUCCCAGUGCUCCUCUAUUCCUAGUUUACACCCGUGGCUUUUCUCAUUCUAAAAAUAUUCGCCCUACAAACCCAGAUGAAUUUGGCAUUGAUGUUGGGGAACCUGCAGGCGGCAAGGUUGAGCCUUCUGAUACUAUAGAAAAUGUAAAAACUAAGAUCCAGGAUAAGGAAGGCAUUCCUCCUGACCAGCAGCGACUGAUUUUUGCUGGUAAGCAGCUAGAAGAUGGACGCACACUGUCUGACUACAAUAUUCAAAAAGAAUCAACUCUUCACCUUGUGCUGAGACUUCGUGGUGGUGCCAAGAAAAGGAAGAAGAAGUCUUACACUACUCCCAAGAAGAACAAGCAUAAGAGAAAGAAGGUUAAGCUUGCAGUGCUCAAGUACUACAAGGUGGACGAGAAUGGCAAGAUCAGUCGUCUGCGCCGGGAGUGCCCCUCUGAGGAGUGUGGAGCUGGAGUCUUCAUGGCAAGUCACUUCGACAGACACUAUUGUGGCAAGUGCUGUCUGACGUACUGCUUCAAUAAACCAGAAGACAAGUAAAUGUACUAGACAAUAAAAAUCUGAAGUUCUUUA